CUCUCUCUCUCUCUUCUCUCUCUCUCUCUCUCUUCUCUCUCUCAGUAUCUCUCUCCCACACAGUUACAGAGCCGACACCACAGACGAAACUCAGAAGAGAAGAAGAAGAAGAAGAAGCAAAAAAUGAGUAACCAUUGCUUAGAACUCUCUUCUAACAUUCUCGCUUCUUCCAAAUCUCAUCAUCGUUUCUCUCCUUCCAAGCUCUCCAAUCCCACCUUCUUCUCUCGUUCCGCCAACAACUACAGAGCAAAAUCCAAGCUUGCCUCUUCUUCUUCUUCUUUCUCCACUUUUCUCCCAUGUCUCAACCGAAGAAAUGGCUCCGUUACACGUGUUCUCAAACCCGUCUCAGAGCUAGCCGACACCACCACCACCAAGGCCUUUUCCCCGGAGGUAGUCGGGAAAAGAACCGAUCUGAAGAAGAUUAUGAUCCUCGGCGCUGGUCCGAUUGUGAUUGGGCAAGCCUGCGAGUUCGAUUACUCUGGUACUCAAGCUUGUAAAGCCCUAAGAGAAGAAGGUUACGAGGUGAUUCUCAUCAAUUCGAAUCCGGCUACUAUCAUGACCGACCCGGAAACUGCUAACCGGACUUAUAUCGCUCCGAUGACUCCUGAGCUCGUUGAGCAGGUUAUUGAGAAAGAGAGGCCUGAUGCUUUGUUACCUACCAUGGGUGGUCAGACCGCGUUGAACCUUGCUGUUGCUCUCGCUGAGAGUGGUGCUCUCGAGAGAUACGGUGUUGAGUUGAUUGGUGCUAAGCUUGGUGCGAUUCAGAAAGCUGAGGAUCGUGAUUUGUUUAAGCAGGCUAUGAAGAACAUCGGCCUAAAGACUCCACCUUCAGGGAUUGGUAACACUCUUGAUGAGUGUUUCGACAUUGCUGAGAGGAUUGGUGAGUUCCCUUUGAUUAUUCGUCCUGCGUUUACUUUAGGUGGUACUGGUGGUGGGAUUGCGUAUAACAAAGAGGAGUUUGAGUCCAUUUGUAAAGCCGGUUUGGCUGCGAGUGUGACUAGUCAGGUUCUUGUUGAGAAGUCGUUGUUGGGUUGGAAAGAGUAUGAGCUUGAGGUGAUGAGAGACUUAGCUGACAAUGUUGUCAUUAUCUGUUCCAUUGAGAACAUUGAUCCUAUGGGUGUGCAUACGGGUGAUUCCAUUACUGUGGCGCCUGCACAGACACUAACGGAUAGAGAGUACCAGCGGCUUAGGGAUUAUUCCAUUGCCAUUAUACGGGAGAUUGGUGUUGAGUGUGGUGGAUCUAAUGUGCAGUUUGCUGUUAACCCUGUUGAUGGUGAAGUUAUGAUCAUAGAGAUGAACCCUAGGGUCUCGAGAUCUUCUGCUCUUGCUUCCAAGGCUACAGGGUUUCCCAUUGCUAAAAUGGCGGCCAAGUUGUCUGUUGGUUAUACCUUGGAUCAGAUUCCUAAUGAUAUCACCAGGAAAACACCGGCUAGCUUCGAGCCCUCCAUCGAUUAUGUCGUGACUAAGAUUCCUAGAUUCGCAUUUGAAAAGUUUCCAGGAUCUAAGCCCUUGCUAACGACCCAGAUGAAGUCUGUUGGGGAGUCUAUGGCACUCGGCCGCACAUUCCAAGAAUCUUUCCAGAAAGCUCUGAGGUCUCUGGAGUGUGGAUUCUCAGGUUGGGGUUGUGCAAAAAUUAAAGAGCUAGACUGGGACUGGGAUCAGCUGAAAUACAGCCUUAGAGUCCCAAAUCCGGACAGGAUCCAUGCGAUAUAUGCUGCCAUGAAAAAGGGUAUGAAAAUUGAUGAAAUCCACGAGUUGAGCAUGGUAGACAAGUGGUUCCUAACCCAGCUUAAAGAGCUCGUGGACGUGGAACAGUAUCUUAUGUGCGGAUCAUUGUCAGAGAUUACAAAAGAAGACCUUUACGAAAUCAAAAAGCGGGGAUUUAGUGACAAGCAAAUCGCUUUUGCUACAAAGAAAACCGAGGAAGAAGUCCGUACCAAGCGGAUUUCUCUAGGAGUUGUUCCAUCUUACAAGCGAGUGGAUACAUGUGCAGCAGAGUUUGAGGCGCAUACUCCAUACAUGUACUCUUCAUAUGAUUUUGAAUGUGAAUCAGCUCCGAACAACAAGAAGAAGGUUUUGAUUUUGGGUGGAGGGCCAAACCGUAUUGGUCAAGGGAUUGAAUUUGAUUACUGUUGUUGCCACACUUCUUUCGCCUUACAGGAUGCUGGAUAUGAGACCAUAAUGUUGAACUCAAACCCUGAAACCGUAUCCACAGAUUAUGAUACAAGCGAUAGGCUCUACUUUGAACCUCUCACAAUUGAGGAUGUUCUCAAUGUUAUCGACCUUGAGAAACCUGAUGGAAUCAUUGUGCAAUUCGGUGGUCAAACUCCUCUGAAACUUGCUCUCCCGAUCAAACAUUAUUUGGAUAAGCACAUGCCCAUGAGCUUGAGCGGAGCGGGACCUGUUCGCAUCUGGGGUACAUCACCUGACUCCAUUGAUGCUGCUGAAGACAGAGAGAGGUUCAAUGCAAUUCUCGACGAGCUGAAGAUUGAGCAGCCCAAGGGAGGCAUUGCAAAGAGCGAAGCUGAUGCAUUAGCCAUAGCGAAGGAGGUAGGCUACCCAGUUGUGGUAAGACCUUCUUAUGUUCUAGGUGGGCGGGCAAUGGAGAUAGUUUAUGAUGACAGUAGACUAAUAACCUACUUGGAAAAUGCGGUUGAAGUUGACCCAGAGAGACCUGUUUUGGUAGAUAAAUAUCUCUCAGAUGCCAUUGAGAUCGACGUUGAUACCCUUACUGAUUCCUAUGGAAAUGUGGUAAUUGGUGGAAUAAUGGAGCAUAUCGAACAAGCUGGUGUGCAUUCUGGUGACUCGGCUUGUAUGCUUCCAACACAAACCAUCCCAUCUUCUUGUUUGGAAACUAUCCGUACAUGGACCACUAAGCUGGCGAAGAAGCUAAAUGUAUGUGGGCUGAUGAACUGUCAGUACGCAAUCACAACAUCUGGGGAUGUUUUCUUGCUUGAAGCCAAUCCCAGAGCUUCCCGUACUGUCCCUUUUGUCUCAAAAGCUAUUGGACACCCUCUUGCCAAGUAUGCAGCGCUGGUCAUGUCGGGCAAAUCUCUGAAAGAUCUAAACUUUGAAAAAGAAGUCAUCCCUAAACACAUCUCUGUAAAAGAAGCUGUUUUCCCGUUUGAGAAGUUCCAAGGAUGUGAUGUGAUACUUGGGCCAGAGAUGAGAAGCACAGGAGAAGUGAUGAGUAUCAGUUCUGAAUUCUCUAGCGCGUUUGCAAUGGCUCAGAUCGCUGCAGGUCAAAAGUUACCUUUAACCGGCACAGUCUUCCUCAGCUUAAACGAUAUGACCAAAUCACACCUAGAGAAAAUCGCGGUGUCCUUCCUCGAACUCGGGUUCAAGAUCAUUGCCACCUCGGGAACAGCUCAUUUCCUAGAACUGAAAGGCAUUCCCGUGGAGAAAGUGCUGAAGUUGCAUGAAGGAAGACCACAUGCUGCUGAUAUGGUGGCUAAUGGUCAGAUCCAUUUGAUGUUGAUCACAAGCUCGGGAGAUGCUCUAGAUCAGAAAGAUGGGAGAGAGCUCAGACAAAUGGCUCUAGCCUACAAGGUCCCUGUUAUAACCACGGUGGCUGGAGCAUUAGCCACUGCUGAGGGAAUCAAGAGCUUGAAGUCAAGUGCCAUUAAAAUGACCGCUCUUCAGGACUUCUUUGAGGUAAAGAAUGUAUCUUCUUUGCUCGUCUGAGUUAGUUUUUAAUUUACAUGUUUGAUCGUUUGUGUGGAACUUUUACGAUGUCGACUAAAUUUCAACGGAUUUUGUUUACCAUAAGCAUUUCUAUGAAUAAUCCUCUAAGGUCCCAUUUUCGAAAUGCAAUAUACAUUUUAUUUUAUCAGUAAGUCGCUGUUUGUAUCAGAAUAUCAGAUCAUGUAGCCAUUAUGGCUUAGACUUGUGUCA